UACUUCAUCCCUUUCCUCUACCCCGGCUUUUCAGCGCCGUGGUGUGGCCUCGACUGACGUACCGAAGGGACGUUAGGUCUCCCCUAGUAACGUCACUUUCGUGCUAUACAGAUUGGUGAAAACCCGCCCUUUCCAGGGCAGCGUCCUAAGGUUUGGGAAUGGGGCGCGAGGGCAGUUAUUUUCAAGGAACCUUUGAACUCUGAGGAAAUCAGUUAUUUCUGAAGAAGUGUUUCUGAAAAGACGUUGUGCCUAUCAGGAGAAAAAACGACCCCGGAAUCAAUAAUCCCUGAGCAUCUAGAGCAAAGCAUGAAACUGACUGGCAUCUGUGCCUCUCUCCUCAUUUUCUGCAAUAUUGCUCAUCAGAGGGAAGGAGCCCAAGAUUCUUGUUCACAUCGAUGUGGGGAGGAACUAGUUAACUGCUCGUGCCAGAGGGCCUGCAAGUCCCUGGGGAUUUGCUGUUCUGAUUACAGUGAAUUCUGUCUGCAGAUCUCUCCAUCCUCGGGCUCCCUUAUGGGAGGCAAGGACUUUGAGAUUUUAAAUGUGACUUUUAAUGCUUCCUCUGCUGUGAGCUGCAGGUUCAAGCAGGAAAUUGAAACCAGUGGCUAUGUUUCUGAAGAUGGAAGAGCCCACUGCAUCUCCCCUUUGCUGUAUGAAAGUGGCCUCAUCCCCUUUGAGAUUUCCAGGGAUGGUGGGCUCACAUUUCCUCACUCUGCAACUUGGUUAUCAGUACAUCACAGCAAAGUGUCAGCUGCAGAAAAAAGCACACUAGUGAAUGCCACAGAGUGGCAGUACUAUGGCACACCCAACACAGGAGGAAAUUUGACUGUCACAUGGAUGCACCAGACAUUUCCAGCUAGACGUGUCAAUAUAGAAGUCUGGGGGUACCAAGAAACAGGUGAGAGUUACUCAGAGAAUUGGAUGGCUGAAUGGAAAUAUCUUUACACCCUGGGAAAGGAAGAACCCAAUAGUGGAACAUUUACUUUCAUUCCUGUACCUGCUAAAGCAGAUUAUAAUACCUGGGACAUUGGAGCUUUGAGAAUCAGUCCAAGCAACUAUUCUGAUGGGCAGAGCAAUGUUCCAUCAAUCUGGAGCCCAGUGCAUGCACUGGCCUGGCACCUUGGGGAAGACUUCAGGAAAGACUCAGCUUCCUGGGCAACAGCCAAGUGCCUGGAAUGGGACAGGAGGGAGGAGACCCUUCCUGACUUCCUGGAAGAAAUUAUCGAUUGCCCCUGCACCUUGGCACAAGCCAGAGCUGACACUGGCAGGUUCCAUACUGAUUAUGGGUGUGACAUUGAAAAAGGGAGUGUGUGCACUUACCAUCCUGGAGCUGUGCACUGUGUAAGGGCCAUUCAGGCCAGCCCCCAGUAUGCAUCGGGACAGCAGUGCUGCUAUGACUCCACAGGUACCCAGAUCCUCACACGAGACUCCAUAGGGGGAAGUACACCUGAUCGAGGCCAUGACUGGGGUUCUCCACCUUUCAAAAAGCCUCCUAGGGUUCCUGGUUUUUCUCAUUGGCUUUAUGAUGUCAUCAGCUUUUAUUACUGCUGUCUGUGGUCUGAUAACUGUCAGUUCUACCUGAAGCACCGUCCCUCCAGUGACUGCAGGACUUACAAACCUCCUCGGGUUGCUUCUGCUUUUGGGGAUCCUCACUUCCUCACAUUCGAUGGAGCUAACAUCACAUUCAAAGGACAAGGUGAAUACACACUGCUGGAGUCCAAUCUGACAACCUUAAGAGUACAAGGAAGGACACAACCUGCCAGACCUCUCAAUAAAACUCUGGCUAAAGUGACAGGCUUGUCUUCAGUUGCCAUACAGGAGAAUAAUUCUGAUGUGAUUGAGGUACGCAACUCAGAGCACUCUGGGAUGUUGGAGGUCCUGUUGAACAAGGAGGUGCUUAGUUUCUCUGAGCAAAGCUGGAUGGAUUUGAAAGGCCUCUUUCUCUAUUCCACAGCUGAUCAGAACAUCACAGUGAUGUUCUCUUCUGGGGCUGGUAUGGAACUAAGAGGAAGGGGAGGAUUUCUGAGCCUGACAGUCCUGUUGCCAGUGGAGUUUCACAAUCACACACAGGGUCUCUUGGGGGUUAUGAAUGAUAAUCCAACGGAUGAGUAUACCUUCAAAAAUGGGACAACCAUGUCAUCUGAUGCCAGCCCUCAGCAGUUGUUUGAGUUUGGAGCUGACUGGGCUGUCAAAUAUGAAACUUCCCUCUUUACUUAUGACACCCAGUUCUUACUGAACAACUUCUAUGUGGAAAAGCACAACUCUGCCUUCAUACCAGUGUUUUCUCCUUAUGAAGACCCUGCUGACCUCCUGGUGAAGGAGAUGACCCUGCUCUGUGAUUCUGACCCUUUCUGCAGGUUUGAUGUCCUGACAACCAGAAGCCUCAAGGUGGGAAAUUCCACCAGAGUAUCCCAUCAGAAUCACAAGUGGCUGGUGGAGAGUCUACAGCCAGUGGUCUCUUGUGGCUGGUUGGAUCACCCCACCAAUGGGAAAAAAGAAGGGACAAACUACCUGUUGGACUCAACCAUCCGAUUUAGCUGCAAUCAAGGAUACAGGCUUGUUGGAUCAGAAGAACGAACCUGCCAGUUGACUGGGGUUUGGUCAGGGAGCACAACCAGCUGUUUGCCAGGAACAGAUAACAACCAAGCAGUUCUCUUUUCCUGUAUUUUUGGAAUUCUUGGCUUUGUAAUUCUUGUGGUUCUAAUCUUCCUGCUGUGCAGAAAGCAGAAGAGACAAAAUAAUUGGAAUCAAAAACUCAACCAAAAUCCUGGGGUUUCAGCUACAUCAGAACAAGAAUUAGUGCAGCUUCAGAGGAUAGGAAGUUUGUAAUCAGAGUACAACCGAAGCACAGCAAGACAACUGUCUGCAGCUGUUACUGGAAUAGGAGAGAAAUGAGAGCAGUCCUUGCUGCCUGUUUUCACACAUUGUACCAGAGAAGCAGCCCCCUCAGACAUACCUCUCCCUUUACAGACUGACCCUCAGCCAAGCCACCAUGCUGUACGGACAAUAACAUCCCUCCCUUUCUCCUUGAUCAUUUUAACUUCAACCACAAGCUCUUUUUACAGUAAGAUUGUAACAUGAAAAAGUAGUCCAACCUAAAAUAGCCUUUCAUGUCUUGGGUUUCCCUUUCUCAUCUAGGUGAAGCAGUAUGUUGCUUUCCCUUCACUUAAGAUUCAGUUCUUAAAAAUAAUGUCACUGCUGUUUCGUUUUAAAGGAAUAAAUCCGUGGCUUUUUACUCUCCCCUAAUGCCAGUGCUUCUUCCAACAAUUAGAUGAUCAGAUAGUAUGUUGAUGGGAGACAUAUAUGGAUGGAUUCAAAUACUGUUUGUCCCUGUUGUGCUUGUACAGCUCUUUUAUAUCUGCAAACUUCCACUGAAGGUAAAGGAAGAUUUGCCUAUAUAAGAACAUUCAGGUAGAAAGGAUUACAGUUCUUAAUAUGGCUAUCCAGGAUGCUUUUGCUGGUCCCAAUUUGUAUAAUCCCUAAAUGGUACAUGAAAUGAAGCACUGAUCUCUUUAAAAAGGAUUGUAAUUCUUUGUCUUAGACUUCCCUUCCUGUGGCACACUUGCAUAUGAACCACCCAACCAGUGUAUUUGUAACUGAAAUGGGACACCCUACUCUCACCCCUCACAUUGAAAGAUGACGACAAGAACAUUUUCUCCCUGGAUUCUUAAUCAAUACCUUUAAUUGUAAUUUCUGUCUUGUAUAAUUGCAAUAGAUAAUGUUUGUGAUUAGUUAAGGACUCCACUUUGCACUGACCUUUAAUUGUGUCCCAGUAUGUCUUAUUAUCUUCAUUAGAAAGUGAUUUCUGAAUUACUAUCAUGUGUAGAUUUUUUUUUUCAAAGAAAAGCCUCCAGGUGCCUCUGCACAAGUCCCUCUCAGCGUGCAGAGUCCAUUCUGUCAAAUGCAAUUCCUUUCAAUAAAUCAGACAUAAUCAUUAA